AUGAACUUAUCGUUUGCGGGUUGUGGUUUCCUUGGUAUUUACCAUGUUGGUGUUGCAGUGUGUUUUAAGAAAUAUGCUCCUCAUCUGUUGUUAGGCAAAAUUUCUGGCGCCUCUUUUGGCGCACUAUCGGCCUGUUGCCUGCUGUGUGAUCUGCCUAUCGGUGAGAUCACGACAGAUGUGUUAAGGGUCGUUAGCGAGGCGAGGGCGGGCUCCCUCGGGCCUUUCAGCCCUUCCUUCAACAUACAAAAUGUCCUCCUCGAGGGCAUGCAGAAGUACCUGCCCCACGAUGUCCACAAGAUCGUCAGUGGCAAACUUCACAUUUCCCUGACCAGGGUGUAUGAUGGAAAGAAUGUUAUUGUCUCCGAGUUCCCCACGAGGGAAGAUUUGUUACAGGCGCUGUUGGCGUCGUGUUUCGUGCCAGUAUUCUCUGGGCUGCUGCCCCCACGUUUCCAUGGCAUCCGCUACAUGGACGGUGGUUUUAGCGACAACCUGCCAGUUUUAGAUGAGAACACAAUCACCGUUAGCCCGUUCUGUGGUGAGAGCGAUAUUUGCCCCAGGGAUUUGAGCUCACAGCUGUUCCACGUAAAUCUGGCAAACACAAGCAUAGAACUGUCAAAACAGAACAUGAACAGAUUCGCGCGCAUUCUAUUCCCGCCAAAACCGGAGGUCCUUAGCAAUAUGUGCAAACAAGGUUUCGAUGAUGCACUCAGAUUUUUGCAAAGGAAUAACAUGAUUUCUUGCACGAGAUGUCUGGCUGUACAGUCUACGUUCCAACUGCAAGAUGUAUUGGAUGACACCACGUAUGAAUACGACCCAGAUUGUGAAGAAUGCAAAACUCAUAGACAGGACGCAUUAGUGGACGACCUACCAGACACAGUGAUGACAAUAUUCCAGAACGCGAUAGACUCUGCAAACAGUGGUAUUGUCAACUGGGUGAUGAGGCAAAGGGCUAUGAGAUACCUCACACUCCUCACGCUACCGUACAGAGUGCCCAUCGACAUUAUGUACGCUUCGUUUACCAACUAUGUGGGCGAUAGAGUAGAGACGCAUGCGGUUCAGUACAAAGUGGCUGGGAAUGUGGUCAUCCGUAGAAAGAGGUGUGUCCGUCACAACAACGUUAUGACUAGAUUCGUUACAUGUACUCCGAAAAUGAGCAAGUCACUUUGGAAGCUGAGCCUCAAUAUGCUGCAACAGCUACAUGGCUUCAUGUAUGCUACACAUGAUCGUUCCGAGGCCGCCGCUAGGAUUUACUACAAACUGACUAUGGACAACAAGACGGACGCUACUGAUGGCAGACAGCUGGACAGGAGGCGUGCAAGCGAGUUCCGCAUCACAUACGGCGACAUGCGAUCAACGCACGAUGAUGUGGACACGUUCGAGCACAUUCUCAACGUGACGUCACAUAAUGAAGCACUGCUCGCUUACUAUUACCUCGACAGUGAAAAUAAGAUGAAAAUGACGGAGAUAUACGACGUGACUGACGCGGACACGGACGCGGUGCAGUCGCCCACUGAACGCGACGUCAACAAGCAGCUUGAGUUCGACAACGACUGGAGCGCUGAACUCAUCGCUGACAACGACGACCUGGAUAUGGAAGCGAUGGACGACGAUGCUUUAGCCGACAGGAAUAUAUUCUCUGAUCCAGAGAGUGAAUGGAACGCAAGGAGGUCGAUGUCGGCUUCCGACAGUGAUGGAGACCAGCCAGAGUCGGAUCGGAGAGGGCCAUACAUUGAGCUAGCUUAG